AUGUCGAUGCCUGAGUUUGAUCCGGCCCGUCGGCCCUCUCAGUCCGAGAAUCAAACCAUUCUCAAGUCCGAAAUCCCCUUGAAGGAACGGUUCUUCCGCUAUUUUCAGCAUGAGAUCACCGAAGAGAGGAAUCUGACCCCUGUUCUUCCUGUAGCGCUCCAGGAACAGAUGGAUCGGCUGGCCGAUACGUCGUUAGUGGGAGGUGAACGGACAGACGCAACCGAUCACUGUCUGGCGGGCAUUGCGCGCUUGUCCAACGAGGUCAAGGACGCAGCCAGCUAUAUCCCAACCUAUGAUCAGCGGAUAUAUGCUGAGGCCAUCAAAGCUCUGCAGGACAAACUCGUCGAGACUCGAGCUGCAGUCGAACCACGACCAAAGUUUAGCUUCAAGACCAAGAAGAAUGCAUCCGCCAUUUCGCUGUCCGAUGCAGCGCAUCUCGCCGCUCAAGGUCGACGCAGUAUCCCUGGGUUCCCCUCCCCUGACACAUCAUCGGUUAGCUCGUCCGCGACACAAACCCCCAUGUAUCCGUCAACGCCUUUGAACGAGCCCGACAACCGCCUCCAUCUACAAAGACCGGAGCUUGCUCCGACCUCUAUCCCUGCAUUCACAGUGGAUGAAGAUGAGGACAAACCCAAGUCAGACGUAGGAGGUGGAUUCGCCGCAACGGCCGUGUCCUCGGUGUCUGUUAACAACCACCAUAAUCUGCACAUCAUGCUGCCGUCCUCAGGCUCAACCGCAACUGUGCCGGCAUCCAUUACCCAUCUGCGCCACUGCGUAGUCGACAUGUCUAUUCCCACCGCCAACGGAAAGCCGUAUACCAGUUUGACCAUCAAGAGCGUUAAGGAGAGUCUCCUCGUUUGUGGCCAGAUCAACGGCCCGGCCCAUAUCACGGGGGUGGAGAAUAGCAUUCUCGUGGUUGACUGUCGACAGUUCCGGAUGCACAACUGCUCCAAUGUAGACGUCUACCUCAGCUGUUCCAGCAACCCGAUCAUCGAGGAUUGCAGCAAUGUCCGAUUCGGUCGGAAACCCCGUGUUUACACGCUCGAUCACGAUCGCCCAGAUGACGAAGACCACUGGAGCCAGGUCGAAGAUUUCAAAUGGAUCAAGCCGGAACCCAGUCCCAACUGGAGCCUUCUGGAUGCCGAAGACGCCGUGCCGGAAGAAGUCUGGGCGGAGAUUGUCCCGGGCGGUCCAGGCUGGUCGCUGGAUGAUAUUCUGCGUGCGAUCAAUAUUUCAUCUCAUUAA